AUGGGGCGGAAAAAGACCUCAAAGAGCAAACAUCUGCGGUUAAGCCAGAAGUACGGCCAAGACCCUGACCCUGACCAGGACUCAGGCUUUAAUGCUCUGAAACACGAGAUUCAAGAGUUUAGGGAUUACCAAGUUCACCUCGAGGAAUCCUUUCAAAACUUUCAAGCCAUGUAUCAACAUAAAUACUUCAAGCUUGUGCAUGCUCUACAGCAGGAACGGCACAGGUGUCAGCUUUUGGAGGCACAGCUUAACGACUUGUUUGAACUGCACUGGACUGAAAGUAUGAUCUUGAAACAGGAGCUGGCUGUCAUGAAGGAGAAGACUGCUUUCCUGGAUAAGGAAAUUUCAAUGGAUGUUCAUGAGGCGCUGGAGGCAUGUGAGAUAAGUCUCUUCAGGUUGGAACAACAGCAGAACACUGAACGGCAUGAAGGUUUGGAGCAUGACACUGCUGAACGUCGUGUUGGACAGUUAAUUAGCGUGCUGCUAGCACUUACCGCAGUCCUAAUAUGUGCAUCUAUUAUGGUCAACUUUGGUAUUCCCCUGAUGAAGGCAUGCUGGGACAUCCCUCUCGCACUGCUUUAUGGUCUCUUGCCUCUGCAGACUGUUGGGUUGUCCUAGAUAUUUCUGCCCUUUGUAUGCCAUAAGGAGUAAUUGUCUCAUCUGAUUUAACUGGUAUCUUUCAGGAAUCUAGUGGAACUGUUAGUAUUUAAACCUUUAUCCACAUGUCAGCACACGUUUCACCCUUUAAGACAUGUCAUUGUAUUUGGGAACCUAAUGCAACUUUGGCAUCACAACAGUAAACAAUUGUAGACAGCUAUAAUGCGAUGGGAAGUAAACAGUCUUAGUGCUAUGAUAGGAUAAAACUGCACAUUUAACACCUGAAAAAGUGCAACCCCAAAAUUAAAAUGAAUGUAAUGAAGUACAUUUUAAAUGGUCAGAU